UGCAACGUCAAUGCUGCUUUUCUAAUUUCUACUUUGCUGUAGAACCCUGAAACCCUAGCAACGUUACUGCUCAAUAUUAUCGCCUUAGCCACCACCAACACCAAUCGUCUAAGGAUCGGAUAAUCUCUCCAACGUCUCCUCGAUUCGGUGUUUCCUCACUCAAAGGCGAGGUGUUAGCUUAGGGUUUCUACAAUUUGUGAGGCUGAAUACUGAAAAGUCCUUGAAGAACAGUGAAAAUGUCUCGAAAAGGUUUAAUGGAGCAGGAUUUGAGCAAGCUGGAUGUAACGAAACUACAUCCGCUCUCACCGGAGGUUAUUUCUCGCCAGGCUACGAUUAAUAUUGGUACUAUUGGUCAUGUGGCUCAUGGCAAAUCAACAGUUGUGAAAGCAAUAUCUGGUGUGCAGACUGUUCGUUUUAAAAAUGAGUUGGAACGUAACAUCACUAUCAAACUUGGGUAUGCCAAUGCAAAGAUCUACAAAUGUGAAGAUGACAGGUGUCCUCGACCUAUGUGUUACAAGGCAUAUGGAAGUGGGAAAGAAGACAGCCCUCAAUGUGAUGUUCCUGGAUUUGAAAACACCAAAAUGACAUUGAUGAGGCAUGUGUCAUUUGUUGAUUGCCCUGGACAUGAUAUUCUCAUGGCUACAAUGCUUAAUGGAGCUGCAAUCAUGGAUGGAGCAUUACUUCUCAUAGCUGCAAACGAAAGCUGUCCUCAACCUCAAACCUCUGAACAUUUAGCUGCUGUUGAAAUCAUGAGGCUUCAGCAUAUCAUAAUUCUUCAAAACAAGGUUGAUUUAAUUCAAGAAAACGUAGCCAUUAAUCAACACGAAGCAAUCCAGAAAUUCAUCCAGGGAACUGUUGCUGAUGGAGCACCAGUGAUUCCAGUUUCUGCUCAACUCAAGUAUAACAUCGAUGUUGUGUGUGAAUACAUCAUAAAGAGAAUUCCAAUUCCAGAGAGAAACUUCAUUUCACCUCCAAAUAUGAUUGUGAUUCGGUCUUUUGAUGUUAAUAAGCCUGGAUCUGAAGUUGAUGAGAUUAGAGGUGGUGUUGCUGGUGGAAGUAUCCUAAAGGGUGUGUUGAAGGUAAACCAGUUCAUUGAAGUUCGCCCAGGGAUUGUUGUCAAAGAUGAAAGUGGGAACAUCAAGUGCACUCCUAUAUAUUCUAGAAUUGUUUCACUAUAUGCAGAACAGAAUGAGCUUCAGUUUGCUGUUCCUGGGGGGCUUAUCGGAGUGGGGACCACAAUGGACCCUAUGCUGACCCGUGCUGACCGGCUUGUCGGGCAGGUUCUUGGAGAAGUCGGGUCUCUGCCCGAUGUUUAUGUUGAACUUGAGGUGAAUUUUUUUCUGUUGAGGAGGUUGUUGGGAGUGAAGACGAAAGGAACAGAGAGGCAAGGGAAGGUGUCCAAGCUGGCAAAGGCGGAAAUACUGAUGCUUAAUAUCGGGUCCAUGUCGACUGGGGCCCGGGUGUUGGCGGUUAAGAAUGACCUGGCGAAACUGCAGCUGACGUCACCGGUGUGUACGAGUAAAGGUGAGAAGAUUGCGCUGAGUAGGCGAGUGGAGAAGCAUUGGCGGUUGAUUGGUUGGGGACAGAUUCAAGCGGGUCUUACUCUUGAAAUCCCACCUUCCCCAAUCUAAAAACACACAUUUUGGAAUUGUUCUCCAGUUUUGCCUGUUGCUGUUUCUACUACAUUACUACUACUUGAUUCUUGUUAUCAUCUAUUAUCUGGUUU